GCAGCCCCUCCCCUACCUACCAUAAAGUGUUCAGGCUGCUAUUUGAGAAAAGAAGCACGCUCUUGCCAGCCCUGGAUUACGCCUUGGCUCAUAACACAGCACAGAAAGAACACAGACCUCUUUAGAGUUUAGGUACAAAAUGUCUGAGAAAGCCGUCAAAACCACCACGUACGAAUUCUUCGGCCCUGUUGGAGCCCUAACCUUGACGAUAAUGUUACCACUCACUGUCAUUGGACUGUAUGUUAUGUGUGGAGCUGGCACCUGUGACAUUCGCAUCCCCACUCUACCGUGCUGGCCUGAUUUCUGGCACCCCCACGCCUACUCCAUCUUUGUCCUCUGGUUCAUAUUCCACGCUCUGAUCUACCUCUCUCCUCUCGGUAAAACGGUCGAAGGGUCAAAACUUCGAGACGGUAGUCGGCUAAAAUACAAAAUAAACGGACUCUAUGCUUACGUCAUCUCUCACAUUAUAUUCGCUGUUGUCUACUUCUAUUUCAAGCUCCCAGUGUCGUUUGUGUAUGACCACUAUCUUGCCUUUGCAAUGGCCUCAACCGUUCUCUCCUUCGCACUAGCUGUGUACCUUUAUGCCAAAUCCUUUGCUCCUGGGGCCGUACUUGCUUUGGGUGGUAACUCUGGCAACGUUCUCUACGACUGGUUUAUUGGACGAGAGCUCAACCCUCGACUGGGAUUGUUCGAUUGGAAGACAUUCUGUGAAAUGAGACCAGGGCUUAUUGGGUGGGUCAUCAUCAACUACUGUAUGAUGGUGAAACAGUACGAAAUUCAUGGUGUCAUAUCAAACUCAAUGAUGCUUGUCUGCUUUUUCCAAUUCUGGUACAUUUUGGACACUUUUUGGUUUGAGACAGCUAUCCUAACGACUAUGGAUAUCGUUCACGAUGGAUUUGGGUUCAUGCUUGCGUUUGGAGACUUGGCCUGGUUACCGUUCACCUACUCCCUACAAGCCCGUUACCUUGUCGACCACCCCACCCAUCUCUCUUGGUUUGCCUGUGUCCUCAUCUUUGCAUUCAAUAUGGUCGGCUAUCUCAUCUUUCGAUUGUCCAACUCACAAAAGGACCUGUUUCGUCGCUCCCCUGACCACCCCUCUGUACGUGACCUUGCAACUCUAUCUACCGAACGUGGCACAAAAUUGAUUGUAUCUGGCUGGUGGGGUAUUUGUCGUCAUCCUAACUAUGUGGGGGACCUCGUAAUGGCGUUGGCAUGGUCUCUGCCCUGUGGGUUCAGUAACGUGCUGCCCUACUUCUAUGUCUUGUAUUUUGCUCCGUUGUUGAUUCACCGACAGUUUCGUGACGAGCAUCACUGUAAGGAGAAGUACGGCACUGACUGGGACAAGUAUUGCAAGAUUGUCAAGUGGAGGCUUAUUCCUGGACUCUACUAGAGACUCUGUAGAGAACGUUUUACUAGUUAUCAAAGAAAAUUAUUUAGCGUGUAAAUAUUAUCGGGCUUGUGAUGAUAAUUAUUAUCCAUUU